AAAGAGCAGGAAUCCAUGAUUUUGCAAUAGAAUAUGCAGGUUUUAGUGGGACGGAUUAUUGGGUUUUCACCCAAUUUAAAGGAGAAAUAGAGAGAUUCUCCGUGAUAGUGUAAUCGCAGUCUCAAUUCUCACCUAUCGUUUUCACUUCACGUUCUCUCUGUCUCUUUCUAUUUCGUCGCACAUUGCCUGAAAAGCCAGCACCCCUUUUAAUCUUUCUUUGUUUUUUAAUCGCUUUCUCCCUCUGUUUUGCUUCUUUGCAUUACCUCUGAUUCUUGCACAACACGCUGCUCUAAAGGAAGCGCAGUUUGACUCUCUCUCUCUGUUUAUUAUAUAUAUAUACAGCACCAGAAGCCGAGGACUCACUUCAUCUUGUACAGAAUCCCCACUUCACCGGAUUGAGCCAAACCCAUCUCUCAUAAACAUACCAAAAAGCUUUUUGAAUCAUGGGUUCCUUUGAUUACUCAAUGAACAGCCUCGUUAAUUUGUUCUUUCAAGAACCUUCUUCCCAUGGGCGCUUUGCUGCUCACUUUCUCCUUGAACCCAUUUUAGCACACGGCCUAUCUGCUCUGGCUCACCUGGUAUUGUUGCUUGUUAUUUGCUUCUUGUGGGUGUGCUUAAAGUUGAAGGCAGGCAGUGGGGAAUGUCAAAGAGAGACGAGGUGUUUGUACUAUAAGGAAACGUUCAUAUGCUGCCUUCUUAUCUCUGUUUUCAACCUUGUUUUCUUCUCUCUUGACUGCUUUUACUGGUAUAGAAAUGGGUGGUCUGAGGAAAAUCUGGUGCUCCUUUUGGAUUUUGCGCUGAGAACACUUGCAUGGGGCUUUGUUUCCUCUUACUUACACUCUCAAGUUCGCAAAUCUGGAAAAUCAAAGUUUUCAAUUCAUUUGAGAGUCUGGUGGGUUUCUUACUUUGCUGUUUCUUGUUACUGCCUCGUAGUGGACUCAAUUCUUUUUAGACAAACCCAUUCCUUGCCCGUUAGACUCUUGGUUUCUGAUGUUAUGUCGGUCGUCUCUGGUUUGUUGACCAUAUAUUUUGGGUUCUUUGGGAAGAGCGUGAGUGAACAAAACCCUCUUGAAGAACAUCUUUUAAAUGGUGAAACAAGAUCUACUACUCUCAGUAAUGGCAGCGUCGAGCCGAAGAAGUGCAGAGGAGAUGAAACCGUGACCCCAUACGAAACUGCUGGAAUUUUCAGUAUCCUUUCAUUUUCUUGGAUCGGUCCUCUGAUUGCAACUGGAAAUAAGAAGGCAUUAGACCUUGAGGAUAUUCCUCAACUUGCAAGCCGGGAUGCGGUUUCCGGGACCUUUCAGGUUCUCAGAAACAAACUUGAGUCAGAGUGUGGAACAAUCAACAGAGUCACUACCCUUUCUCUAGUCAAGGGUUUACUGGAUGGGAGAUGAAGUUUCUAUCUAAGAUAUCAGAACUUAGGAAUAUUGAGGCAGGAUGGUUGAAGAAGUUUCUUUAUACAAUGUCGGUGACCACAUUCGUCUUUUGGGGUGCCCCAACAUUUGUGUCUGUGGUCACUUUCGGGACUUGUAUGUUUGUGGGGAUCCCAUUAGAAUCAGGCAAAGUCUUAUCUGCUCUUGCAACAUUUAGGAUUCUUCAAGAACCAAUUUACAAUCUUCCUGACACAAUCUCAAUGGUGGUUCAAACCAAGGUUUCACUUGAUAGAAUAGUGUCAUUCCUUCGCCUCGAUGACUUGCAGUCUGAUAUUAUAGAGAGGCUUCCAACGGGUAGUUCUACUACUGCAGUGGAGAUUGUUAAUGGAAACUUUUCUUGGGAUUCAUCUUCUUCGAACCCCACACUGCGAGAUAUCAACAUCAAAGUGGAACAUGGCAUGAGAGUUGCUGUUUGUGGUACGGUAGGCUCAGGCAAGUCUAGUUUGCUAUCUUGCAUCCUGGGAGAGGUACCUAAGAUAUCCGGGAACCUGAGGGUAUGUGGUACUAAGGCAUAUGUUGCUCAGUCCCCGUGGAUACAGAGUGGAAAGAUUGAAGAGAACAUACUUUUUAGCAAAGAGAUGGACAGAGAAAGGUACAAAACAGUUCUUGAAGCAUGUUGCCUAGAAAAGGACCUUGAAGUUCUUUCAUUCGGCGAUCAGACGGUAAUAGGAGAAAGAGGAAUCAAUUUAAGUGGUGGGCAGAAGCAAAGAAUUCAAAUAGCCCGUGCCUUAUACCAAGAUGCUGAUAUCUACUUGUUUGAUGAUCCUUUUAGUGCAGUUGAUGCUCACACAGGUUCUCACCUCUUCAAGGAAUGUUUGCUUGGUCUUUUAAGUUCAAAAACAGUUAUUUAUGUAACUCAUCAAGUAGAAUUUUUACCAGCUGCUGAUCUCAUCUUGGUCAUGAAGGAUGGAAGAAUCACUCAAGCUGGAAAAUACGAUGAAAUUCUCAGUUCUGGAACCGACUUUAUGGCACUUGUUGGUGCACAUGAGGAAGCUUUAUCAGCCAUUAAUUCUGUGGAGGGAGACGCAUCUGAAAAAUCUGCUAGCAAGGAAGAUGGUUCUAUGCCAAGUACUAAUGGCAUUGCAAAUGAAGAAGAUAAAACAGAUAUACAAGAUGGGAAAGUAGUUGAUGCCAAUAAGUGGAAAGGGCAGCUUGUUCAAGAAGAAGAGAGAGAGAAAGGACGUGUUGGAUUUUCGGUUUACUGGAAAUAUAUCACGGCUGCAUAUGGCGGAGCUCUUGUGCCAUUUAUAUUGCUUGCUCAAGUUGUCUUUCAGAUUCUUCAAAUUGGAAGCAAUUAUUGGAUGGCAUGGGCUACUCCUGUUUCAGAGGAUAUGGAGCCUCCCGUUACAAGUUCUCGAUUGAUUGCCGUCUACGUUGCUUUCGCCAUCGGAAGCUCUCUUUGUGUCCUCGUGAGAUCAGUCCUCCUUGUGACAGCUGGUUAUAAAACAGCUACUCAACUCUUUGUUAAAAUGCACACAAGCAUCUUUCGGGCGCCGAUGUCGUUCUUCGAUUCUACUCCAAGUGGAAGAAUCCUCAAUAGAGCCUCCACCGACCAGACUGCCAUUGAUUUGGAUAUACCAUUUCGAGUAGGAUCGUUCUGCGUCACUUUGAUUCAGCUCCUGGGAACUAUUGCAGUAAUGUCCCAAGUUGCAUGGCAGGUUUUCGUUAUCUUUAUCCCUGUGAUGGCACUGUGCCUCUGGUAUGAGCAAUAUUAUAAUCCGUCCGCACGGGAGCUAUCGCGGUUGAUCGGAGUGUGCAAAGCUCCAGUGAUACAACUUUUCUCCGAAACAAUUUUGGGAUCAACAACCAUUAGGAGCUUCGAUCAAGAGUCGAGAUUCCAGGACACCAAUAUGAAACUGACAGAUGCGUAUUCUAGGCCCAAGUUCCAUACGGCUGCAGCAAUGGAAUGGCUCUGCUUCCGUCUCGAUUUGUUGUCUUCCCUUACUUUUGCUGCCUCUUUGAUUUUCUUAAUAUCUAUCCCUGUGGGAGUCAUUGAUCCAGGCAUUGCUGGCUUGUCAGUAACAUAUGGACUUAACCUCAAUAUGUUGCAAGCUUGGCUAAUAUGGAACCUUUGCAAUAUGGAGAACAAAAUUAUAUCGGUCGAGAGAAUAUUUCAAUACACUUCAAUCCCUAGUGAGCCACCUCUAGUUAUCGAUGAAAACCAACCAGAUCGUAACUGGCCAGCAUUCGGAGAAGUUGAACUCCAUGAUCUGCAGGUUCGCUAUGCACCCCAACUUCCACUCGUGUUGCGAGGUAUUACAUGUACUUUCCCGGGAGGCAAGAAAACUGGCAUUGUUGGGAGAACAGGAAGUGGUAAAUCAACUUUGAUACAGACACUUUUUCGGAUAGUUAACCCUGUAGCUGGUCGAAUGAUGAUAGAUUGCAUCAACAUAUCAACGAUUGGACUUCAUGAUUUGCGGUCCAAACUCAGUAUCAUCCCUCAGGAUCCAACCAUGUUUGAAGGCACCGUGCGGAGCAAUCUCGAUCCCCUAGAAGAAUACUCGGACGAAGACAUUUGGGAGGCACUGGAUAAAUGCCAACUUGGAGAUGAAGUGAGAAAAAAGGAAGGAAAGUUGGAUUCUGCAGUUAGUGAGAAUGGAGAGAACUGGAGCAUGGGUCAGAGGCAGCUCGUUUGCCUCGGUCGCGUGCUGCUCAAGAAGAGUAAGGUGCUGGUCCUCGACGAAGCCACUGCAUCGGUCGAUACCGCUACGGAUAAUUUGAUUCAACAGACUCUCCGACAACAUUUCUCUAACUGCACAGUCAUUACCAUAGCACAUCGCAUAACUUCUGUCCUUGGCAGUGACAUGGUUUUGCUUCUAAGUCACGGACUCAUUGAGGAGUAUGAUGCUCCCACAAGAUUGUUAGAAGACAAGUCAUCCUCAUUUUCUCAUCUAGUUGCAGAGUACACACAGAGGUCGAGUUCUCGAUGAAAACCAAAGCGGAUUACUGAAUCGUAUACCUUACCAAAGAACUGGUUGUUGAUGAUGGCGAAAAUGGAAGCUCUUCUGAAGAUCUUGGUUUGGAAUCUUGGAUUAGGUACAAGAAUAACAUAUAAAGUUAAACAUAAGUGUUGGUUUGACUGUAUCUGCCUCUGCAAAUUUUGAAACUUCAUAUAAAUUUAACCUUUAUAAAAAAUCUCAAGUUACUCUGUUA